UUGCAGUAAAUGCGGUGCCAAGCCUAUAGAUAUUUUUAAAAUAGUCAGUUGGCCAGGUAAAGGUCCGAAAAAGGUUGAGCUGUCAAGGUUUUAACCUGGCGGCAUAGGCCUGGGCCUAUAUACAAUUUAAACAUGCUGUAGCCUAAUAUUGGCUCGGAACAGUUUGGGUGGCAGGUGAAAAUUCUGAUAUUUGUUGCAAACGCGAAUUGUUUAUUCUAACCUGGCUGCUUCGUUGAGACUCUGGAUGUUCCAGAGGAUAGAAAUCUCUUCAACCCACGGCCGACAGUCGGUGGGAUUGUGAUUGGUUGUUCACCCUGACAGCUCUGCCUUUGAUUGCAAGAUGGGAAGCCCGACCCCUUUCACUCUUGCAAGGGGACCAUUCAUAAACUAAACAGGUCCAGUGCUGUGCUGCUGAGUCUGGACAUCUACGCGCAGAGGAAACGUUCAGGUUUCACAGCAAAAGAGGAGUAAAGAGACAUGAGUGAUCACAGCCAGUAGUCCAUAUUACAGCGUGCGCAACAUCAGACGGACCUGAUCCUCAGCUCGCUCUCUUCGCCUUGAUUUGACAUCACGCAGCAUCUCUAUCCGCUUCCUCUCCAAACUGACGUCCAUCCGCCGAGCGCGCAAACUUCGCUCUCCUUUUUUUUCCACUGCUGAAAAGCGCCCUGCCUCUGGCUUAACCGGUAAGCAUUGGAUCCGUCAGCGUACUGCGAAACUCCGGUGUACAGCCCGGACCUCUGCCCCAACAUGAUAGCGACGCAGGCGAAGCUGGUUUAUCAGCUGAACAAAUACUACAACGAGAGAUGCCAGACGCGCAAAGCAGCAAUAGCCAAAACUAUACGGGAGGUUUGCAAGGUUGUGUCGGACGUCCUGAAGGAGGUGGAGGUACAGGAACCUCGGUUCAUAAGCUCCUUAAGUGAAAUUGAUGCACGCUAUGAGGGCAUGGAAGUCAUCUCACCCAACGAAUUUGAGGUGGUGCUUUACCUGAACCAAAUGGGUGUCUUCAACUUUGUGGAUGACGGUUCCCUGCCUGGCUGUGCCGUCUUAAAGCUCAGUGACGGCCGAAAGAGAAGCAUGUCACUUUGGGUCGAGUUUAUCACUGCAUCUGGCUAUCUAUCGGCCCGUAAGAUCCGCUCUCGGUUUCAGACUCUUGUGGCACAGGCCGUCGAUAAAUGCAGUUACCGUGACGUGGUCAAGAUGGUGGCUGACACCAGCGAGGUCAAACUGCGCAUCAGAGAAAGGUAUGUGGUGCAGAUAACGCCAGCAUUCAAGUGCACGGGUAUCUGGCCUAGAAGUGCGGCACAAUGGCCCAUGCCACACAUCCCCUGGCCGGGUCCCAACAGAGUCGCCGAAGUGAAAGCUGAGGGAUUCAAUCUCCUCUCCAAGGAGUGCUACUCCUUAACUGGCAAACAGAGUUCGGCAGAGAGCGACGCCUGGGUCUUGCAGUUCAGUGAGGCCGAGAACAGGCUCUUGAUGUCAGGGUGCAGGAAAAAGUGUCUGUCUGUUCUGAAGACACUCCGAGACCGACACCUAGAGCUGCCAGGCCAACCUCUUAACAACUACCACAUGAAGACACUACUUCUGUAUGAGUGUGAGAAGCACCCGAGAGAGACCGACUGGGAUGAGUCCUGCCUCGGGGACCGACUAAACGGCAUUCUGUUACAACUCAUCUCUUGUUUGCAAUGCCGCAGAUGCCCCCAUUACUUCUUACCAAAUUUGGACCUCUUUCAGGGGAAGCCUCACUCAGCCCUCGAAGCAGCAGCUAAACAGACCUGGAGACUUGCAAGAGAAAUCCUGACAAACGCAAAAAGUUUGGACAAACUGUGAAAGAAGAACACUUGUUUUGUCACGUGCGCAACUAAGAGACUGCGCUCAAAUAUGGAGACAUGGCCAUGCGAUACGCGGUGUCAGACUAUGUGAAAAACGAAACUAAAACACGCAAGAUGACUUUCAUACAGAUGCAUUGGGACAUUGUCAGAGAAAAAAAAUGAAGGUACAUUUUAAGCUAAAUGUAAUAAUUUCCUGUUGGUUGUUUAAAUGUUUUCACAAAGUGAAGCUUUUUAAUUUAAAUAUGCACAAAAUCUUAAUUCCAUUAACAUUAAGUGAUAAAUUGUUGCGUGCCGAUUUCAACUUUUCAUGAUGUGGACUUUAAAUUGAAAUGUUAAUAAAGUCAACAAAAAAAGUUGAAAUAAAUUUGAAACUUGGAAUUGUUUUACUACUUGCACGCAGAGGAAGCAAUCAGUGGCCAAUGUAACUUCGACAGAAGGCUGGUCAGCUUCCGCCAAAAAUGGUUGGCUAUUGUGACAUUUCACCAUAUUUUAGUGGUUGACACGACACUGUUGCAAAUAAAACAUAUGCGAUAUAUUUUCGAGAUUUUAAUAUGAGUUUGAGUUGCUAAAAUAGUGUGCCUUGCGCCCACAAUGAUGCCCCAGAAUCUUACAAAUAGACCUGUAUUUGAAGUUUUACUAUAUGUUAGAUUCCUGUUUUAUAUUUUACAAAUGGAGAGUCGAGCAUUAUCGACAGAUCUAAUUAAUAACUUUCACAAUUAACUUAACAAAAUGAAUAUCUCCAAAUGUUUCAAUGUAUCCGCAAAGCUCAAGGUUAAAUAUAGGCUUAAUAAAAAGUUUAGAAAUGUAUUAUUAUUACUAUUACUGUCAUAGUAGCUCAUAAUCACCGUCAAUGCAAUUAUUAUUAUUUAUUAUUGUUGUUGCUGCUGUUGUUAUUGUUGCAGGGCCGUAAUAUUUGAAAGACUGUACUAAUGCUACAGUAAUAUGCAGUCACACCAACUCUUCCCAGUGGAUGUCAGAAUCUUGCUUUAACUUAAGAUAAAAUAAUGAAAUACGAAUAUAUAAUAAUGAAAAAGAAAAGAAUAAAAAUACUAGUGAAACCUAAUGUUCAAUUGAAUGUUCCAAUACAGAAUGCCAUAGGGCAAGGCCUAACCUUGAUGAGAUGUUAGGCCUACAUUGGUUAUGCCGUCUUAUUAAAAUCAAAGCGCGCAGUGCAUGAAACAGAGCCAUAGGCAACCCAGACAUUAGGUUUUCACCUAAAUUAACAACCGAGCCAGCAUAAUAUUUGCGAGAGCAGGACUCGAAUACAAUUGCCAGGACGUUAUGACGGUCGAUGUUAGCCACACCUGAAAUAAGGCAAUUUUAGGAAUGUCUUUAAAAAUCCUUUCUAGAAGUGGUUCACAGUCCUCAUUUUCAUUGGGUCAAUAGGAAGAAGCCAUGGCUGUUGAAAACGGUCAGUUCAGUCAACAUUUAGGCCCCUAUGUGGCAUGGGAAGACACAGCAGCAACAUUUUUCAAAAAGCUGUGCGCACGCAAAAAUACACACGCGCGCGCACACACACGCACACUGCAGCGAUGGAUCAAUGGGUUAGCCGCCC